AGUGCGUAAUACUAAAUCGCGAAACUUCGGAUCAGUUAACUUUAUUGUUUGGAUCUAUUAGGUUAGUCACAUGAACAGCAUGAUAUUUCAUAAGAAGGCAACAAUUACUUAAGACAGUUAAGUCAACAUCUCAACAGUUAGGUAAACCGGUUAGUCAAGUUUCUGAAAUUGUAGGUUUACACUUAUAUUUACCUUAAGUUACAGGUUUACAUCUCAGUAUGAUUAUGUUGCGUGCUAAGCUAAUUCUUGCUGAUAGUAGUGUUGACGUGUUUAUAAACGGGUAAUUAACAAUUAUAUUUGCAACAUCAUUCGUCAUUUACCUUUGAAUGUGUUUUUAGAGUUAAUUGUAACAGUCAGGGGUUGUGGGCUAGCUGACUAAAUCAUGAUGGCUAGCAUUGAGGACGAUGAGUUGUCUUCAUCAUGCAAUGAAGAUGAAGAAACCAAGCCUUUAACAGAAGUGAUGACAGGACAGAUUACAUUGGAAGAGGACAGUGCGGUGGCGCCAUCUUUCGGUGAUGCGAGGUGUUGUUUGGUUGAAGACGCAGCAAAUGGUUCAACUUAUCUGGAACAGAGAGUGAUGGAUGAAAAAAUUGCUCCCAUCGAACAACAGCUUCAGUAUUUGCUGAAUAAGGCAGACGAGCUACAGGCAGAGCUGGUGUGGAGUCUAGAUGGCUUCCAGAAUGAUGGGCUGGCCCAUAUAAUUACAAUGUUCCUGCAAACUUGCCAGCCAUAUUUCACUUACCUGGAGUCCACAGCAAGAAACUCCCACCCUCUGCACCCACCCCUUUCCAUAUACAUACGCACACAGCUUUUGCAGUUCUCGCAGCAACUGUGCUCUCGUCUGGAGCAGCUGGUGUUGAUGUACGCCUCCUUCAAUAUUAUCUCUGUAGAGGAAACCGAUCCAGAGAGUAUCUCACACUUCUGUAUUGGACAGUCUCAAAUAAACAACAUAAAGCUGUCAAUUUUCCGGUACUCUUGCCCCACCCCUUUUCUUGCCUCAGCCAGUACCGGGCUAUACAAGCGUAUGCGCUGGAAUGUCGAGCGAGAGAUAGAAGUGGAGAGAUGUCCCAGUGAAGAAUUUUAUUUUCUGUGUUUUGAGGAUGUACUCGAAGAAGCAGAUGACAACAUAGAAGAAAAUAAUGGAGGACAGACAGCAACAGAAAGAAAGAGCAUGAUGAUGAGAAUCUGGUCUAUUGGUCAGUGGAUCCAGACGUACCCUGACUCUGACGACAUCAUUGACUGGGUGUUGUGUCCAGUCCCUUGUGGUCAAUACAAGCAGCUGUUGUAUCUGGGAAAUGAGGAGCCUCCAUCUUGCACUGCCACAGACUUCCUGCUGGGGGUGCUGCUGUCUGAGGAACUAGAUGUUGCUUGUGCAACUGAAACAUGAGGCCGUACAUCCACGAAGCCUCUGGUAAAGACUAAAAGUAUUGUUUAAAUUUGUUAGUUUGUGUUGUUAGCAGUUGUGAUGCUUCGAUUGUCACAGUUAAAAUGUUUAAGCGUGUUUUUUCUAAACUCAGUGUUCAUUUUACAUAUGGCUUGUUUGUGGUAGCUUUUUACUGUAUUAUUUUUACUCUGUUUUAUGGUAAGCGACCCACAUUUUAGAUGGAAAUCUCAUUCAACAACGUAAAGGUUAAAAAAUAAAUGUUCCUUUAAACCAU